CGCAGUACGGCGCAUGUUUGUUUAUGUCUAAGGGGACAAAGGUCAUCUAUAGCUCAGGUUCUGUUUCAUAAAAUAACUUUUUAAGUUUGAAUGCUUGAAAUUUUCAUGAAAAAUGCAAUGUAAAAAUAUCAAGACUGAUUUCAUUUAUGGUCAAGUUCUGGGACGGAAAAUCGAUCUAUUUGACUUAUUUGACUGCAAUUGACCUUCCCGCCAGCAGGGGAAGCAAUGCCGGUAGCCGGGACGCCGCCGACGAUGCAGUGCGCAGGCGCAGAAAGUGGAAACAAAGCAGCAUGGACGAGGCGGUUGAGGACUAAAAUGUGAUUAUGGAUUAAUUUAUUGAUCGUUCUUGAUCAUCAGACGAGCGAUAAACAAACGAAAUGGACGUCGUGAAGGAACGUCUGGCUCAAUUCUCCCUAGAGGCUCACGAUUUGUAUCUGAGCCAAUCGGUGCCUUACGUGGACGGCCCACCCGACCCGCUGCACUUCUACCGCGACUGGAUUGGUCCCAACAGGCCGUGCAUCGUACGAAACGCCUUCAACCAUUGGCCGGCUCUGUCCGGGUGGACGCCGACGUACCUCAGGGAGAAGGUGGGCUCCAAGGUCAUCAGCGUGGCGGUGACCCCCGACGGUUAUGCCGACGCCGUCAAAGACGACCGAUUUGUGACGCCCGAAGAACGACGCAUGAGCUUUUCCUCCGUGCUCGACAUCAUCCAAGGAAAGGUCAAGAUGACGCUUGUUGCGCAACCCUCGCUUCACGCGAAGAAGCGCGGCGGCGGCGGGGUGUUCUACGUUCAGAAGCAGUGCUCCAACCUGCCGGACGAACUCCCCGAGCUGACGGCCGACGUCGACGCGCACGUCGACUGGAUGAGCACGGCGCUGGGUGAGCGAGGAAAGUUACCCGACGCCGUCAACUUCUGGCUCGGUGAAGGCGACGCGGUCACUUCCUUACACAAAGAUCCUUACGAGAACCUUUACUGCGUCAUCUCUGGACAGAAAGACUUCAUCCUGCUGCCGCCUACUGACAGACCCUUCAUCCCUUACGGCCUGUACCAGCCUGCAGUUUACCGUCAGAAGGACGACGGUGACUUCGAGGUGGUGGACCAGCAUGACCGUGAGAAGGUGCCGUGGAUCCCCGUGGACCCCCUGGAUCCGGACCUGGAGCGCUACCCCGCGUACCGGCGAGCGCGUCCGCUGCGCUGCAGCGUGAGGGCGGGCGAGAUGCUCUACCUUCCGUCGUUGUGGUUCCACCACGUGCGACAGUCGCAUGGCUGCAUCGCAGUGAACUUUUGGUACGACAUGGACUUCGACAUCAAGUACAACUACUUCACGCUUGUGGAUGACCUCACGGCCUUCACCGGGCAACACUGAGCUGAGCGCCUGGUUACAGUGCACCGAGGAGUCACACGAGGGCGCUGCAGGAAUUCACAGGAAACAUUUGUGUCAAGCGCCAUUUUCUUGAACAGCCGCUCCACAAUCCGGCUCGUUCAUCCUCCUGCUGUGGCGCUCUGCGCCUUUUGAGAAUAAAUAAUGAGCACGUGAUUGAAA